AUGCCAAAAGAGAACUUGAUCUUCAAGCUUGACAGGCUAGAGUACCAAUAUCACCAUCUAAACGGUUCCCUUGAUGGUUUUACGCCUCGCUUAGCCAACACAGCCAAAACUUUUAAUGCCAAGGGUAAAAAGACCUCAAAAAGAAUAGGCAAACUACUAAGCGCUUCUAAUCUGGAAGACGUGGAGAAAGAUUUGAACUCGCUUCGCCAGGAAAUAAUAGAAAAAAAGUCUUACCAUCUGGAAAAUAAGCUUACAUCGCUUCUUGAGAGAACCCUUCAACAAAAAUACACGGCUCUAAAAAAGAAGGCCAAUGACAAGCAUAAAGCCGACUUGGAAACCCUAAAAGAGUUAGACGAGAAGUACACGCUAAGCGGCUUCUGCAAGCUUAUUUCGAAGUCAAGAACCUGCAAACUAUUAAUCGCCCAUGUUUUACCCACCAAGAUCCUAAAAGAAGAACCGCCUACGUGGUUUCAAGAAAACGAAUAUCUGGAAAUAUUUAAGGACAAGGGUAAUGAUUACAACCCAGGAAAGGUCUGGAAUGAAGUCGUUUUACCUACGAAAGGUUGUGAGAAGCUACUGAGUCAGUCAACGAAUGACAAAAAGAUCAAAGAGCUGUUGGCAGGCUUUGAAAAUGCAAUGGAUCUAUUUAUGAACUUGAAAAGAGAAAGAAGCUUAGGUUCAAAGAAAGAAGACGCGCAGCUUAGUACAAAAAGUGAAAAUUCUGAGUCUAUUGACAACACAACUUCUGGUGAGCAGUCUGAGCAAGAUUUCGAUUCUUCUGGCUCUGAGGACGGCAUCGAUCAUGACGAGGAGGAUGUUGACGAAGAGGAAAUCCUGAAACAGUAUGAAGGGAUGCUAGUUGCAUCUGAUGAGGAAGAAGAUGAGUCAGUGCCCUACUCGCUUGACCCAAAUGUCAAUUAUAAUGAAGUGACUGACGAAGAGCCUAGUGACUUAGAAGAAAGUAUGGGAUCAGACUUGGCUGACAGCAGCGAGGAUGAGGAACCGCUUAAAAAGAGACAAAAAACAUCUCGCGAAUCUAAAAACACAAAGCAUGAUAAGGCAACUGCAAAGCUUCCGGAACUUAUGACAGGCUACUUCAGUGGUGGUUCCGAAAACGAACUUUCAGAAGACGAAGUUGCGGCUCAGCAAUCUUCUAACAAACCUCUGCGUAAGAACAGAAGAGGUCAACGUGCAAGGCAGAAGAUAUGGGAGAAAAAAUUCGGAAAGAACGCUAAGCACGUUCAGAAACAAAUGGAAGCCGAAAGGUCAGAAAGAGAGCGUAAGAAGGUGGAAUACGAGCAAAGAGUUGUUAAACGAGCUGCGAAGACUCAACAACGAGAAAGCGCUGUUGACCAAAAGCGCAUUGAUGCCGCAGCUCGCGCGCAAAGAGUGGAAAACACACCAAUUCAUCCAUCUUGGGAAGCUAAGAAACUUGCUGAAGAGAAACAAAAAGGAGCUAAGUUUCAAGGUAAAAAGAUUGUAUUCUGA